UCAGCGAGUAAACAUCUGCCAGCGAGAAGCGAGCGACUCAGUGCCAGUGGAAUAGAUAGAUUCGCGCUGCCCUUUAAGUUUCCUUACACGACCAGACGCAUAAAAUUGUACUCCGGCCAGAAUGGCAGCGACAUUGCGAAGAUUCAAUGGCUUGAGAUUGCUGAAAUCUACGCCAGCUCUGAAUCUGCAACAGGCCAAGAACCUGUCCUCAACUUCAAGCUGGGCAAGCAACAACAAAAAGCUGAUCGGUGCUAUCGGCGCUGUUACCGGCGGCGUUGGUGCUCUGCUGUUUGCUCUGGAGCAAUCGGUGGAGGCAUCCGGCAGUGAGGUGCAUGCACCCGCUCAGCCCUGGUCCCAUAGGGGUCUCUUCUCCUCGCUGGAUCACCAGAGCAUUCGUCGAGGCUAUGAGGUGUACAAGCAGGUGUGCUCUGCUUGCCACUCGAUGCAAUACAUUGCCUACCGUAAUCUGGUUGGCGUCAGCCAUACCGAAGAGCAGGCCAAGGCCGAGGCUGAGCAGAUCACGGUGAGAGACGGUCCUGAUGAUACCGGCAACUACUUUGACCGUCCCGGCAAGCUGUCGGACUACUUCCCAUCGCCGUAUCCCAACGAGGAAGCGGCUCGUGCUGCCAACAACGGUGCCUAUCCACCAGAUUUGAGCUACAUCGUUUCGGCGCGCAAGGGCGGCGAGGAUUACAUCUUUUCGCUAUUGACUGGCUACCAUGAUGCGCCAGCUGGUGUCGUGCUACGCGAGGGCCAGUACUUCAAUCCGUACUUCCCGGGCGGUGCCAUAUCCAUGGCCCAGGUCUUGUACAAUGAGGUAAUUGAGUAUGAGGAUGGCACACCGCCAACACAGAGUCAAUUGGCCAAAGAUGUGGCCACGUUCCUCAAGUGGACAUCGGAGCCGGAGCAUGAUGAUCGCAAGCAGCUGCUGAUCAGAGUGAUUGGCAUUCUUGGCUUCCUGACUGCCAUCUCGUAUUACAUUAAGCGACACAAGUGGUCCUCGCUCAAGUCCCGAAAGAUCGUCUUUGUGCCCAAGGAGAAGUAGAGAUUUGUUUGAAUUUGAUUUGGCGUGAAGAACUGCAGUGUUAAUGCGACUUUAUCGACUAAUAAAAAA